AUGACACAAGCAUCUCCAUCGACCCCUAUAGCCGUAAACGGCAUGGGUGGUCAAGCCCUUGGAAAACCCAUCUGGGACAAUGAAGGCGACGAAGACGAGUCGUUCGAGGUCCAAGUCCCAGACUUCCACUUUGACUGGGGAGUGGAAGACCCCUCGUCUGCAUCCAAGAACAACUCCGAGUCCUCGGGUGGCGCGCGCAGCACACACGUAACCCAACACUCGCUGUCAUCGCUGGCCCAGGCGUCCCCCUCCAACGUCUCCUCAUCGUCCUCAAAUCGCUUCCUCACCCGUGUUGCUGAUCACUCGAUCUCGUCCGCAUCAUCGGCUCUCCCCACUCCUCCUCAUACGGGCACAAGUGUCUUGGGAGGUCUGGGACGAAGGACCGAUCAAAUCUCAACCCUGGCCAGCGUAGACGACAUUGACAUGGACCGCCCAGACCGCCCACUCCGCACACUUCCGGGUCGCAGCUUCCAAAGGGUGGUGUCCGCCCCAGUAAGCAGUGCCAAAGCGAUCGAUGAAGGGGUGCAAGUGCCACGCAUCGCGGACGAUGGUUCGAAGGCCACUCUGCGUUCGAAUAUGGUCACGCCUGGUUUAUCUCAGCGAACAUUGGCCACUACUGCCAAUUCGACAGCUCGACGCAUUGCAGGGCUGUCGCGAUUCGGUGGCCCAGCCCGAAGAGGCGUUGCUGCUCCUCAACCCGAGUUUCAGGAGGAGCAGGAGACUGCGGGCGCGGAGUUGGCAGCAUCGCCUGAACGCCAAGACGACGGAACAUUGCAGUCGGCAGCAGAAACACCCAACUCCACUGUCGCAUCGUCCACCAUACGUGGGUACGGUGCUGCUACACCGCCUGCUCGCCCAGAGGCACAAGGUAUGAUCUUUAGGGACGGGCGGCCGGAUUCUCUUCAAUUGGGCCAGUCUCCUCAGCUCCGACCACGAUCACCGGUGGCGAUAAAGUCACCAGUACCUCUGCAGGUCUCAGGGAGGGAGAAUCAGCCACAGGCCUCGACUCACCAGGACCUGAUCCCCAAGAGCUCGGGCACGCCGAAGAGGCGCGACUUCGGGGUUCCGAGUCAUCAACGCGUUGAUCACCCCCGACCAGAUAAACACAUCGUUGAGGCGGAGCUUAGGCAUCCGCUACGCGCUACACGACCGGCUCCGGUUCAGCCACAGCCCACCACAGGGGCCAGAGUCUCGUCUUGGUCCGGGCAACCUUCCCCUCGGGCGGAGGUUCAGCCACUUCCGGCCCCGCAGCCUCUACCGCAGGCCGUGCGACGAUCGUUCGUAGUCAAUCAUGCUCCGUACGAGCGUCUUGGCCUCCUUGGAAAGGGUGGCUCAUCCAAAGUGUACUCAGUGCUCUGCCCAACGAAGCGCGCUGUUUUCGCUUUGAAGCGAGUGUCUCUGGAACACGCCGAUCCUGAAACGUACCAAAGCUAUACCAACGAGAUCGAGCUUCUGCGCCGCCUACGUGGACAUGACCGUAUCAUUCAACUUAUCGACCAUCAAAUUACCUUCAGCGAGGGAAAUCGGCCCAGGACUCUUCUGAUGGUUAUGGAAUGUGGCGAGAUUGAUUUUGCGGCCCUUCUGGAUGAUCAGCGAGGCAAGCCGUUGAAUCUGAACUUCGUCGGCCUCUAUUGGCAGCAAAUGCUGGAGGCAGUUCACGCAGUCCAUGCUGAAAACGUUGUUCACACGGACCUCAAGCCUGCCAACUUUGUUCUCGUGAAGGGCCGUCUGAAGAUCAUCGACUUCGGAAUCGCGAAGGCUAUCGCAAACGACACCGUCAACAUUCAGCGGGAGCAGCAGGUGAGCAUCCAGCCAAUGCAAUCAAUACUAAUGCUGCAGAUUGGCACAGUCAACUACAUGUCACCUGAGGCCAUCCAACGCAUGAACAACCAGAAGGUGCUCAAGCUGUCAUAUCCCAGCGACGUCUGGUCGCUUGGUUGCAUCCUGUAUCAGAUGAUCUACGGCAGCCCGCCCUUCCAUCACAUUACAGCUGGGCCCCUUGCCAAGAUGAACGCUAUUGCGGACCCCUCAUAUCGCAUAACGUAUCCCCCAACGGCCAUCGCAAAGACGUCGAGUUUACCGGGACAACCGUCGCCCACGUCCGUACCGGUCGUUGUACCCACGACAGCAAUCUCUACCAUGCGCAGCUGUCUGGCAUACAACAAGGACAACCGUUUAACGAUCCCGAAGCUACUCCAGCAUGACUUCUUAACACGAAAUGAACCCACCGUCCCAAGCCUCCCACCAAACUCGACUUCAAUAACAGAAAGUCAAAUGGCCAUGCUUGUCAACUUUGUUCUCCGCGAGAAUGGUCUGCCCACGUUAGCCGGUAAUGACCGGACGGCAGAGGAUCUGUUCUCUCAACUGCAGUCGCAAAACGCAUUGUCUCAAUCAUAGUAACGACGAAUCAACGGCACGGCACAACGACACGGCGUGGUCGCGAGUGCCAUUUAUAUUGCACUAUAGUAGCCUGUUCAUUGUACCCAAUGCAUACGGCGGUGAUUAGACA